GGAGACUUCGGACCCUUCUGCCAAGAAUAAGGGUGCUACAGAGGCUAUACCUCCCUACCGGAAGAAUAGCUGCUGCUCUAGCAUAGGAUGAGCGGCAUCCCGGGAGACUUUGGAGAGACAGUUGUGAGGGCGGUCAUCUCGCCAGCGUGAGUGAUGGUGACCUUGCUGCACCUCUGAUGACCCUCUCACCGCCCAUGUCACAACUCUGGGCUAACAUAACUGCAGAGGACUUCAGUGAAACCGUUGGAGAUCCGGGUGCUGCCGUCACCGCCGCUGCCACUGCUGCUAACGCCGCUGCUGCCGCUGCUGCUGCUGCUACUGCUGCUGCUGCUGCUGCUGCUGCCGCCGCCGCCGCCGCUGCUGCCGCUUCAUCAGGAGGAGGAGGGGGGGAUCUGAGUGGCGCCACCACCACCACCACGCUCGAUGCCUUGGCGCUGCUGGACGACAACCCGAAUGUGUCGGUCGUGUGGACGGGGGGGGAAGGCGGGGAGGGAGGGACGACGACCUGGGAGACUGUGACUGUGCUGGUGAUCAAGUCGACGCUGAUGGGCAGCAUCAUCAUCGUGUCCAUCAUGGGCAACGUCCUCGUCAUCAUCAGCAUCGGGAUGCACCACAAGCUGCAGAUCCUGACCAACUACUUCCUGGUCUCCCUGGCCAUCGCCGACAUGCUGGUGGCGUCGUGCGCCAUGACCUUCAACGCCUCCGUCGAGAUAUCGGGCAGGUGGCUCUUCGGCUACAUUAUGUGCGACCUCUGGAACUCUUUCGAUGUGUACUUUUCAACCGUGUCGAUAUUGCAUCUGUGUUGCAUCAGUGUUGACCGUUACUACGCCAUAGUAACUCCGCUGGAGUAUCCGUUGUAUAUGACUAAGAGGACCGUGUUGUUCAUGCUGGCGAACGUGUGGUUGGCACCGACGCUCAUCUCUUUCGUGCCCAUAUUUCUCGGAUGGUAUGCCACGGAGGACCACCUUCGCAUCCGGUCGCUCCAGCCGGAUAUGUGCACCUUCGAAGUGAAUAAAGUGUAUGCCAUCUUAUCGUCGGCAUUUUCCUUCUGGAUCCCCUGCACCGUCAUGGUCAUUCUCUACUUCCGCAUCUACCAAGAGGCCAGGAAGCAGGAGGCGGCCAUUUUGAGUCGAACCAAUAGUACGUGUACCAUCAAUAACGUCCAGCGUGGGUUUCCGUCCUCCACUGCCCAGCAAAUCCUGGCAGCGCUGCGGAUCACCCGCGUCCCUCGGAUAAAGAAAAGGGCGAAAGCGAAACGACUGAGCCAGCAGGACAUCCAGCUGGGUCCUCUGCCCCGAAUCGCCAAACCGGACAGCAGCAGCCUCGACCAGGGGAGUGGGGGGAUGUUGCCCGUCUACCGAACCAGCAACUUCUGCUCCCAAAACCUGUGUACAAAUGACCGGAGGUUUAGUAAAAGUGUAGUGAGUGAUACGGGACAACUCAGUUUACCCAUCCCCCACGAUCACACCAGUUCCCAAGAAAUCAGUCCCAGGACUGGCAGUCCAGACCUCUCGGUGAACGAGGAAAUCAUAGAAAAGAUAGAAAUUAGCCCCAAGGCGGAGUUCUCCGGGGGCAGCAACAGCAGUAUUAACGGGCAUACAGGGAAGGGCCUUCCAGUCAGGGUGAUCAGCCCGAUACCCUUCGGGAGGCACGAGAACCUCGUGCCGGGGCCUGGGUACAGCGGCGGGGGUUGCAGCAGCAGCACCGCCACGCCCAGCCACCCGGUGAUGCGGAGGGAACACAAAGCUGCCCGAACGCUGGGCAUCAUCAUGGGCGCCUUCAUUCUCUGCUGGCUGCCUUUCUUCACCUGGUACGUGGCGGUGACGAUAUGCGGGGACGGAUGCCCGUGCCCCCAGGCCGUGGUGACCACCCUCUUCUGGAUUGGCUACUUCAACUCGACUCUGAAUCCUUUUAUUUACGCUUACUUCCGGGCCGACUUCCGAGAGGCCUUCCGAAAGACCCUUAGACAGCUGAGAUGCUGCUUACGUGACGACGGCCUGCCCGGCUCUUUCGUCUGACAUACAUAGUUUCUCUAAGGGAAACAACUAAUUGCAAUUAUGAAAACAAAAAAAUCACAUGCUGAAGAUUGUAACCGUGUAUCUAUUAUGAAACUGUCUAUUUCAUAGAGUAUUUGUAUGCUAUACUUUCCAGGAAACAAAAAAGCUUAGUUCGAAUACGCAGGAUACAUGAUGAUGAAUCAGGUGUUGGAGAUACAUACUGACACAUUUCAGGAUCACUGUAAGUUAUGAACAUCAACAAAACCACAGAGAAACUUACGAUGCAGUAAAUAAAUAAACAAGAAAAAGGGAAUCCGCAUAAACGAAUCACAAUCAUCGUCUUACUCAAUAUUUCAAUUUACAAAAAAACCGUUGUUCGAAAUUUGCAACUUGCAAUGAAACUAUUAGACAAUCUGAUGACAUAAAAGUAAAGUCUUAUACGCAAUAAAUCUAUUGAAUUAGUCCCUACACAGAAAUAUAACUACGGAGUUUUGCUUACAAACAUACUUCUACUUGUUAAUAAUGCCGAAAUAAAAAGCAAAGAAUGUAAUUCCCUCUAUGCGUUCUUUCAUCAGUCUUUGAUCUUUCAAGAUGGCGGAGGUCUUGUUGCAGAGAAGCACUGAAAUAGGACUUCUUGAAUCCAUGGAAAGGUGAGAGGCAGAUGCGGUAAUCAAGAUAACAAGAAAAAGAAAGUGAAAAAGGAUCCUGCUCUUGAAGUAUCCCCGGCACAUUAGUGUAGCAUUACCCAGUUUUCUGUAGCAAGACACAAUUCUUCAGCUUUCAAGGCCUCUCGACUCCUUCAUUAGAAGAAAUGUAAAAAAUUGAUCAUUGCUACAAAGAAUUGUGUAAUCUUGUAUUAAUAUACUUCGAAAUUACGCACAAAUGACAUCCUUGUCGCCUGAUUCACACUACUGCCGGAUAAUAAUAAAUUGAAAUAAUCUAAUGCAAUAACAUACGAUCCUAAAAUCACGAAUGUAUCCAGACCUGAUAAAAGCACCAUGUAUCCUAGACCGAAAAGAUCCGUUGGAGAAAUUUCCACGUAUCAAAUACGGGGAUAUCUAUAUAUA